GUGAGGCAGAUGGAGAGAAGAGGAAGAGGAUGAGGAAGGGAAGGAGAUCUAAUCUCGCUUAAACCUGCAGAUGACCGGGGAGACUUUAUAUCGCUGUAAUGCCAAGAGUUCCUCUGCGCUGGGUAUUGUGGGAUAUUAAAGACACCCUGCUGAAGGUGCGGGGGUCUGUGGGAGACCAUUACUCCAAGGAGGCUGGAAGAUGGGGCCUUAGCCUGCAGCCUGCAGAGAUCAACGCUGCUUUCCGGGAGACAUUUCGGUGUUAUUCCAGCAGAUACCCAAACUAUGGCGUCUCUCAAGGUCAGACCGGACAGACUUGGUGGAUAGGAGUCAUGCGAGACACUCUGGCUGAGUGCAAAGUCAACGAUCCGGCUCUGCUGAACACAAUGGCUACCAAUCUUUACCAAGAUUUCUGCAACGCAGAAAAAUGGGAGGUAUUUCCAGACUCCAAGACGGCCCUUGAACAAUGUUCCUCUCUUGGACUGAAGCUGGGCGUUGUGUCUAAUUUUGACAAUCGCCUCGAAACGAUUUUACGCAGCUGCGGGCUGCUGUCGCACUUUAGCUUUGUGGUAACAUCGGAGGCGGCCGGCGUGGCAAAGCCCAGCCCGGCCAUCUUUCAUCAGGCCCUCCAGAAAUGUGGCACAUCCGCUGACAGAGUGGCCCAUGUUGGGGACCACUAUGUGUAUGAUUACCUUGCUUCUCGCUCUGUGGGAAUCCACGGAUUCCUUUUAGACAGAGACGACUCGCACAAAGCAGGCGAUGUUCCUCAGGAACACCGGGUUGUGACAUUGGAUGAGCUGCCGUCACGCCUUCAGGAACUUAUGAUCGAAUGACACAAGAAAAAAUCUGUACAUCCGAUUAGGCCUGUCACAAAACAAAAUUUGCUCAUUUGUCUCAGUAAUUAUUGCGAUAAAUGAUAACAUUGCUGUUUUGAGACCAUUUUCAAGAAACACAUCGAUAAUGAAAAUUAUAAUGCAAAUUUGCCUUUUUGAGGGCCAGUAAACAGUAAAGUUUAACACUGGAACUUAAAAACAUUUUAAAUAUCUAAAUUAAGACAACCCAAAACAAUAAAACAGAAAUAAAAACACCCUCAGCUGAAACCAUAAAUAAAAUGGAUUAUGACGUCUAUAAACAAAUUUGCUCGCAAAAUUUUUAGUCGUCAGAAUAUAAUUUAUUUAAUUCAUUUUAAUUUGUCAUGCAAUUAAUUAAUAUGAGUCAGUCAGUUGUUAAUAUCCAUGUUGAGAUUUUGAGAUCAAGAAACAAGAUCCCUUUUAUGGCAACAUCCUUUGCAAAUAUGUUUUCAGUUUUUAACUGUUGCAAUGAGGUGGCUGAAAACCGCUUUUGUUUAUAGUUCUACUUGAUCUCUGCUUCAGCUGGUGCUUUAACUUUUCUCUCAUAUCUUGACUUUCUAGUGAGUUUCUUGGUAAGUUUUAGUGCUUCUUGCGAACCCAAGCGCUUCUUCACUAAUGUGAACUCUGACAGAUUCUCUUGCAGUAGUAAUAUGUAAAUGAAAUGUACAGCAUAUGUUUAUGGGUUACGCUGUCACUACAGAUGUUUAUAUUCAAUUAUCUGUGUCCCAAAAAUGAUUAUUUGCCUAUAUGAUUAUAACACACUGUGGCCAUUAAAAUGCAAGGCUCAUAUUGAAAAUGAGCCUAAAGGACAAAUAAAUGUAAAAAUGUUUUACAAAU